AUGGAUGCCUUCGCUGAGCGCGGGAGGCUCGUGGAGGGCGAUGUGACGCCACACCGCGAGGUGCUCGCGGAUAACGAGAACUUGCGACUGUGGCUGGACGCGGUGGAGCAGCGGCGGGCAAUGGGAGAGAAGCGGCGCGCAGGAAAGUGCGAUCCAGCAGCUGGUCAUAUGGCAACCGCAGGAGGACAGAUGGUGGACACCAGACUGCUAAACAGUCCGCACACGUUCACAGGGCUGUAUUCGGAAUGGAAGACGUGGUCGUUCGACUUCGAGGCCUACGCGUUCGCGGGGUUUCGCACCGCCGUCGUCCUGACGCCUCAAGACGAGCUCGACGCCAAGGUGAAUACACAGCUCUUUUACAUCCUGGUGUCGGUAACUUCGGACGUGGCGAAGGUUGAGGAGGCGAACAGGUUCGCGGCCAUGGUGGGUCGUAUCAUCAUAUGCGGGGUUCCAGAUCCAGUCAUGACGAGCCUGGCGGAGUUCGAGCAGGUGGUCAGGGAUAACACAGACCAGAGUGGCGACGUGAUCUCAGACAACAUGAAGCGAUGUGUGAUCAUGUCGGGCAUCAAGAACGAGAAGCUGGCAGUCUACCUCAGCUUGAACGCGUCGCGCCUGGUGACGUACGACGACCUGGAGACGGAGCUCACGAUGAUGCGCUCGGCGCAGCGAAGGUGGGCAGCUGCGGGCGCUGGCGGUGACGGAGUGGUUCCCCUGCCGGUCGACGCCGUCGGCAAGAGUACAGGCGCCUAUUCCAAAGGUUCAGGCAAGGGCAAGGACGGCAACGGCAGGAGCAAAUGCGACUCCCAGGGCAAGAAGGGCGACGCGAAGGACAAUACCCGAGAGACCCGCAGUUCCCACUACUGCAGUAAGGCAGGCCACUUAGCAGCAGACCGCCGCAAGAAGAAGGCCGACGAGAAGAAGAUCAGGGAGGCCAGGCUUUCUCUUGCCGUGGACGUGGCGCACGUGGCGGCGGUCCUGGCGCCGAUGCAGCUGCAGCAGCAGCAGCGGAGUUCGGCAUCCACGAGCUCGACCGUCCACGUCGCGAACGUCAGCAUGGCCCAGCGCGAGAGCGUCCUGGCGCCUGAGGAGUACCUUUGGCAGGUCGGCGUGCUCUACAACGCCACGCAUUGCGACGCGCUUCCUGUGGCAGUCGGCGAGACGGUGGAGUUCGACUGGGUGCUCUUCGACGCAGGUUCGGGGCUGACCACCUGCCCCAAGGAGUUUGCCAGCGCGAACCGGAUGCUUCCGCCUAUGAGCCCACCCCUGUGCGAGUCGGCGACGGGGGGCGAGGUAGAGUCGAUGGGUGCGAGGGUCGUGUUGGCAGAGAGCGACGGCGCGCCCCUGCAGACCGAGUUCCAGGUGGCGAACGCGAAGCGCGCGAUCGUGAGCGCGGACGCCUUCACGGAGGGCGGCCACGUCCCGAUCCUGGGAAAAAAGGAUCCCUGCAUCCUGCUGGCGGACGGACGAAAGAUCGAGCUGUACAUGAGCGGGCAGACCUUCUGGCUCAGGACCAGGAGGCCCGCCGAAAACGUCACCGAGCCGAUCUACGUCAAGCCCGUGCAGCCGAGCGCGGAGGCGCGCGACGUACCACGCGAAGCGCUCGCAGAUGAAGGGGGCGCCGGCCCUGGAGCCGCAGCCGCAGCGGCGGCGCCGCCGCCGCCGCUGGCGCCGCCCGCUGCUGGUGACGCCAAGGACCAGCGGGACCCCGAUGUAGAUCAGCGCGAAGGAUCCGCGCGCGCGCGCCUCGCCGAUCCUCGCCGCCUGAUCCCGCUGGUGUGCAUCGACUACCUGUUUCUCGGGGACGUCGAGGGCGACCCGCGCGCGGUGCUCGACAUCCUGGAGUACCUGCUGGGGGUGGUCGAGUGCGCGCAGAUGAGCGUGGAUGGGGCCAGCGGACAAGGCGGGGCUCAAAGAGCAAAUGGGGCCAUCGAGAAUGCCAACAAGAUGGUCGAGGGCAUGCUCCGCGCCCUGAGGGCCUCGGUCGAGCCUCGCUGCAGCGCCGCGCUCACGCUCGACCGCUGGUUCAUGGGCUGGGGCCGCGCCUGCGGCGGUGCGAUCGGCGUGUUCGGCGAGUCGGCGAUGUGCAAGAUCCAGAACGCAUCCUGCCACGACGCGGGGAUCCGCUGGGCUGAGGAUAUCAACGCGCGCAGCCAGUCCAAUGGCCAGCUCCAGGACCAGAGCAACCAGCUGCGGCACCUGGACCACCGCCGGCGGCUGAAGCCGACCAGAUCGCCAGAGCAGCCGCAGCACGACGGCAUGGGGCUGGGCAUGAUCGAGGUGGAGUGGGACGGCACCCUGGAGGAGGUGAAGCGCAUGCCGAGGCAGAAGGUGAUCGCAGGUUUGUUUGUCAACCUGGCGACGGCGAUGUUCGCGUUGAUCUGCGACGCCAUUCCCUGCGACAGCGAUUCGGGCACCAGCGACCAGGGCUUCUGCGACCGCGAGUCGACCUACCAGGGCGUCUUCGGAAGUCUCGCGAAGGGGAAACGAGUCCGCGGGAAGUGGGGCGACGACGAGCGUUGCAGCGAGCGCAGCGAGGAGUCAGUGAGGUCGCGAUUCUUGGCCGCGCAGUUCGCCCGGGACGCGAGGUGCGACGCCUUCGUGGGGGCGCCGCCACUGGCAGCAUUUCGGCGGGUGGUUUCCUUCGCUUCUAGUCUCUACUCCACGGGGACCGGCCGCGAUGACAUGAUCGCCCUCUACGACGUGUCCGCAGCGUUCUUCCACGCGUGCAUUGAUGGGAAUAUCUACACGGUUCCGCCUCGGGGUGAGGAUCCCGAGGGCGUCGUCUACCAGCUGAGGCGCGCGCUCUACGGCACGAGGCGAGCUUCCCUCCUGAUCCAGAACCUGAUCAUGGAGGUCAUGGAGAAGGGCGGCUUCGCGCGGAUCAAGGUGACGGUGCAGGUCUUCUACCGCAAGGAGAGACAGUUGCUAGUGAUCGUUCAUGGCGAUGACUACCUAGCUGGAGGAAGGCGGGCUUCCCUGCACUGGCUCGAAAGCCUGAUCAAGGGGCACAUCAAGGUCAGGGUGAUGCCGAGGGUUGGCAACCCCGGGCAAGGAGGAGUUGAGUCAGGGAGCUUCCUCAAGAGGGCGGUCAUACGGCGCCCUGAAGGGUUCGGCAUCCAGCAUGACCGCAAGCACGUCACGAUCUUGAGCAAUUCUACGAAGAGGACGAUCGCGCAUUCGCCAGAGACCGUCGGCGCAGACUGCAGGGAGUCGGCGGGCGAGCUCAGCUCGGAGUGCGCGACCACCUGCCGCGGCGUGGCGCCGACCGCCUUGUGCGUGGCCCGCGACCUCUUCGACGUCCAGCAGGCCCAGAAACCGCAGUUCGAGCUCUCCUUGGAGUUCCAGAGGAUGCCCGCGGCGAUCGCGGCAGAGCCUGGUCGGAGAUCCGUGGGCGGAGGGUUCCUGUUCAUGGGCUCUCACCUGAUCGACGGCUGGAGCGGCCGGCAAGGCAGCCGCGCGCUGAGCAGCGCGGAGGCGGAGUUCACUGGCAUCGUGAACGGCUCGGCGAGGGGCAUUUGGCUGAGGAACGUGCCGCUGGAGAUGGGGCUCGACGCCACGCUGCAGGUCAACGCGGGCAGCUCGGGGGCCACGGGCGUCGCAUCGCAUCUCGGCUGCGGGAAGGCGCGCCACCUGGAGACGAAGCGCCUCUGGGCCCAGGAGAAUGUCAGGGGCGAGACGAUCUCUAUGGCGAAGAUCCACACAGAGGUGAACGGGGCAAACGUGCAGGCCAAGCCGCUCGAUGUGCCAAGAUUCCUGAAGCUGCUGGCGAUGCUUCCACUUCGGACGCCGUCCUCGGGGCGCUCUCAGGUGUUCGGAGUGAUGCUGGCGGCGACGCUACUCGGAGGAAUUCAAGGAGUUGGAGACAUGGUUCCGACGAGCCAUGCCGUGAUGGUCAUGGGCAGCCCUGCCGCGAUGGUGCAGAUCUUGACGGCUACCAUCACUGUGUUAUUCGGGUCGACGCUGGCGAUCGCGUUCUUGAAGGUGCUCCGGGAGCUGGGGAAGGACGACGAGCUCGAGCCGGUGGAGACCCCGCCGAUGGAGGAACAGUUGGCGUUCGUGGAGAGCGAGGCGAGCCGGCACGCGCAGACGGUGCCGAUCAAACCCUACUGGGCGUGGAGCGCAGUGUACUUGUGCGCCGAGUGCAUUCGUCUGGGCAGGUACCACGGACAGCUAAUUGAAGGCGCAGAUGACUGA